GACAAAAACUCCCACGGUUUAUAAAGGACGUGCCACACGCGUGCGGCACAGAGCGCAUCUCCGCGCUCGACACAUCACCUGUGCCUGUGCUAGUGCCAACGUGCAACUCAUUGUGUUCAAUAUGGAUGUUCUACGACUUACCUUCAUGUGCGGAGUCUUGUGCGGUGUUCUUGCAGCGCCUGCGAGCAAAGCCCAGGUGGAGGACAAUGCUGUGCCAGCAUCUGAGGUCGGAGUCGAUGACAGAACUGCGACCGACUUGAAGACUGCAGCCAGCAGUACUUAUAACCAUGCAUUCUCAGACCUCGGCUACUCGGGCGGUUACGGCGGUUAUGCCGGUUCCGGUGCCGGAGUAACCGGGUACGGACUGCUCGACAACUACAACUACCAGGGCCUUGGCGGCGGCUACAGCAACUCGCUGGGGUACAACGGCUACAAAGGUUACCAGGGCUACCAGGGUUACGGGGGCUACCAAGGAGCAGGCCUCGGCGGUUAUAACAGAGGUUAUAGUGGCUACGACAGCAGCCUCGGAGGUUACAGUGGCCAGGGAGGCUACAGCGGCUACGGCGGUUAUGGCGGCUAUGGCGGAAACGGCGGACUCAACUCCUAUUACGGAUACAAUAGCCCAUACAACCAAGGGGCGUACCAUUUAGGUUACGGAUACUACAACAGGAAACCUGGCUACGGAAAUAUCUACAGUAAUGGAGUCACACCUAGCCUCGUUACCGGCUACAGGGGCUACACUAGAUAAUCACUCUUAGCAAUUGUAAGAUCACCAAAGUAUUAUCAUCCAAAGCUAUUGUAAAUGUACUUAUUUAAUGUGUAAUAAAUUAAUUAGAUGAAUAAAAACUAUUCUAUUUUUGAAA